AUGCAUACCGACAAAACUCACUGGACCUGCUAUAGCUCGCCUUAUUUUCAGCGAGAGAUCAUCUCGCUUCAUGUUGGACAGGCCGGCGUUCAAAUUGGCAAUGCGUGCUGGGAGUUGUACUGCUUAGAGCAUGGAAUUCAGCCUGAUGGAAUCAUGCCUGGAGAUAAGACCCAAGGCGUCGAGGACGCCUCGUACAACACGUUCUUCUCGGAAACACAAAGCGGUUAG